GGGAGCGUUCCCUGGUCUGGGUGUGGGAGAGCCCACGCGGCCCGCCGAGCCCUGCUGGGGGACCGGUGCCCCGGAGCGAAGCGGCGCAAGGACCGCAGCGCUCACGCCGCCCCGCAGCCCGCGUUUGGCCACAGAAAACUGUAGGCGGAGGGUUGGACGCCGGUGAGGCGACGACCCUUAGGAAACACCUGCCUCUUGCAUCUCCGCCCCGCCCCCGUCCUUCUUGGUGUAGAAAAUGGUGGUUAGCACUGAGGAUGGGGUGGCGGGUCCGGGCGGAGCUGGGUAGCGUCGGGUCCGCGGGGAGCGCUCGGCUGCAGCAGCCCCCGCUGCCCCCACCCCGGCCCUCUGCAGGUGUGCAGGUGUCGUGGCGGCGCACUCUUGGCGAGAAUCGGGAGGAGGAGGAGACUGCAAGGAUAGGCCCAGGAGCAAUGGCGUCCAAAGAGGAACAAGCAGUAAAAAAUCUCAACGUGGAGAAUGCCAAACAGGAAAUUGAAAAAAAGGAUGAAAAGGAGCAAGUUGCUAAUAAUGGAGAGCCCUUGGCCCUCCCUUUGGAAGCUGGUGAAUAUUGUAUGCCUAGAGUAAAUCGUAGGCGGUUCCGUGUUAGGCAGCCCAUCCAGCAGUAUAGAUGGGACAUGAUUCAGAGGCUUGGAGAACCACAGGGAAGAAUGAGAGGGGAGAAUAUGGAAAGGAUUGGGGAGGAGAUGAGACAGCUGAUGGAAAAGCUGAGGGAAAAGCAGUUCAGUCAUAGUCUGCGGGCAGUUAGCACCGACCCUCCUCACCAUGACCAUCAUGAUGAGUUUUGCCUUAUGCCUUGAAUCCUGAUGUUUUCCCUGAAGUUAAUAGGAAGAUACACCUUCCUAAAGUUAAUGUUCUCAGUGUACCUUUGUUGUCAACCUUUUGGUGUUACAUGUUUCUUGUGGGUCUCCUAUGACCAACUUCUAACUGAAUGUUGUAUUUUGACCCAAAAUGUAAGAUUCUGUCAGCAAGGGAGUUUUACCCUAUUGCAUGGCAAGAUGUUCAGUAUAUAUUGUGAAGUUAAUAAAGCAGUUUAAAAGACA